CCGACGAGCCAGUUCGUCAGUCGUCGUCGGCGGAGACCGGUGCAGCAGCUGCCGCGACCGCGUUGCGUUCCUCUCUGGGCCGUCGUCCAAGCGCGGCCAACGCCGGUGUCGUCGACUCGGCGCGUGCGUGUUUGCCUCUGCGGCGCGUUGGAGGAAGCCCGUUGGCGCCGGCAUUCUCUCUGUGUGUGCAUCGCACUCGCGCUGUGUCUUCUUCCUCCCGGCCCGCGCCGUCGUGGGUGCUUGUGUGGCUGCGGAACGAGAACGUGUCCUUGGUGCUGUCUCCCCCGUCACCUCUGGCCCGGGUGACGGAGUGCACGGUUGCGUGAGCAGCGGCAGCCUCCUCGGCGCGCGCCACGCGUUCGCGCAACUUAGAGCGGCGCGCGUACGUGAGUGUUGUCCGUGACAAACUCAAAAGCUGCGGCGGGAACGACAGAAGCAACCAAGUGACGGAUGGCACGAGCCUUCUGACCAAAGACAGCGUGCCACCAGCGGCUGCGCGCCCCGUGUGUGUGACGCCAGGAUCAGCCGUGGGUGCCGAAGCGCUUCUCCCGUCGCGUGGCUCGUCUCGUUCUUCUGCGCGUUCUGCGUGAUGUGCUUCGCCGCGGAGUCCCAACCGGAGGAAUGCUGAAGGCCGCCGGUGCGGAUAAGGGCCGCCGCUCUCUGCCGAGGCGCCAGCCGCCCAAGCGGGUCGCCUUCGCGGACGACGUUCUCGUCGACGGGGCCUCCUCGGAUGCAGGCUACGGAACCAGCAGCGCUGACACCGUGGUCCCAUCGCUCAGGCCGGAUGCGGCGGCGGCCGCAAAGCCGCAGAGUCUGCAUUCUGAAGGUGAAAUGGACGGCCCAGAGGAAGCCAGCGAGGCCGCCUGCGGCCCGGCCGCUAGGAAUUUGGCAUCGGGUGUUCCAGGCCCCAUUUUCUUCCUGAUAAAAGAGCAGGCCAAGUCACUGCUCGCAAUUAAGGAGCUUCAGGACAGAGUUCAAGCGCUGGAAGGCUUCCGGAAUGACAUCUUCUUCGCAAUUCAGGAUAUCCAGCAGAAUAUGCAGAGCAGCCCGCACCGGCCGCCCCAAGUUUCGCUGACGUCUAGCAAGGAGCCCACCAAAGCUACUUCUGCGCAUCGCAUCGACUCUCGUGUGCCUUUGGAUGCGCCCGAGUCAAAGACGUGGACUCUGAAUCCCAAGCCACGGCGGCACAAAGACGGGUCGUUGAUGACAGCGGUGUGCGGCCGCGCAAGAGCCAAAAGUGCGGGUGUCGGCAGUGAACUCAGUCAGGGCGUCGUUGCCAAGCCUACUACGGUUGCUAGUCUUUCGUCCAAGGGGGACACAGCGUCCGCCAUCUUGGAAAGUGACAAGCAAGACAGCGGGCUCGAUUCUGACUGCCGGGACCACGGUUCACGCGAGUCCACGCUCGCGCCCAAGGACGAGUUGCUGACGUUGCUGGACAUCAUCGGCGAGCGCAGCUUGCAGCUCAAGGAGCGCAUGCACGAGAUGGAGAAGUCGAAGGGCUUGGACUCGGUUUUACGAGGAGGCGCCAGUAGCCGCAGCGACGUUCUGGAGUUCCACGAAAAGGAACUCCAGGCGCGGCUGAGUGAGAUGGAAGUUGAGCGGACCAAGCACCGGCUGCAGGUGCGCCAACUGCAAGCGACCAUCCACCACAUGGAAGGCGAGCGGAUCGCCUGCGAAGAGAAGCUGCAGGCCUCGCUCUCCGAGAGGAAGGAGCUCGAGAAGAAGGUGCACAGCCUGCAUAUGCAGUACGUGCGUGCAGGCCCCAGCUCACUACCUCUUGCCAAGUCGUACGCUGACCCAUGGCCCGCGGCUAGUCUGCAGGCGGCACAGACGCUCGUUGGCGAUGUCGCCAGGGGCAUCACGACUGAAGAAGGCAAAGCUAAGGUCUCCAACAUACUUAAGGAGUCCAAUCUUCUCGAGCUCAAAAGGCUGCUUUUGCUUUACACCCUGGAAAAUCAGAAGCUUAAAGAAAAGGCGGACGAGAGUGACCAACACUGGUUCAAAAAGCUGUCGGAGUGGAAGGCCACGGAGGCCUCAUUGCGAUCGGACAUCCAGUCAUUGAUCCAAGAGAAAGAGGAAUGUCUAGACCGCUUCAGGAGACAUCGGAGAGACAUGGAAAUUGUGCAGGCCAAGUACAAGGAACUCGAGAUGACUGUGUGGGCACUUGACAAUUCGGAACACCAGAGGGACUACCGACGAGACGAAGGUAUACUGCCUGUCGGUACUCGUUUUCUGCGCUCCGCUGACCAGAGGUUUCCUCGUCCCUACCAGAGCAACUUUUCAGAUGGAGAAUCCGGCUGCAAAACGCAGAGCCUGCCUCCUCUGCUGCUGAAUCAAUCAAGAAACACUCCAUUGCUGUCGCGCAGAGGAGCCUAUCCUACGGAAUUCAGACGCAACUCGCUUGCGGAAAACUCAUUGGAAGAGGUUGGUUUCAGCAAUGAAGGUAUGGCGUACGAACUGGUUGAUCCCAGGCAGCACAAGCCUACAGUGUUUGCUGAGCCGUCUCAGAAGGCGUUUGCACCUUACUGGCAAGACCGUCGUGUAGGAGCCGCUGUGAUGCCCAGCGACGCCGUACGCCUGAUGAAUCUCGAGGACGACCACGAAGAACUCAAAUCCGGCCCGCACUCCAACAUUGAUAUGAUCUGCAACGAGUUUGAUCCACUCUCCGAAAACGGUCGGCAGUGCGCGAAUAAGCCACUGGACUUCGAGGACUCUCUGGAUCUCUCCAUUCCCUUGAAGCCGACCAGAGGUGCCGCUUCGAACGCACCCAGAUCUAGCCGGAGCACCCUUAACGUGAACUAUAUUUCCCCUGCAAGUACCAGCUCGAAAGUGACACUCGAUCAGAAGCACAGAACUUUCAGAAAGACUCAAAAUUAGGCCAAUAGGCACCCCUGGGUGUAGGCAUUCAGUGCCGACAUUGCAAUAUCAGAUGUGAUGUUUAUUCUCUUCCGAGAAUUGAUUGCACUUGUCGCGGGGAUGUCGCAAGCCGCUCGCUUCAUUGCGGUUGUGGUUACGAUAUGCGUUAGCAAGUACCGUGCGUGAAGCAUUUUUUAUGUAUAUAUGUAUGAUAGUGUGUGAAGUGUGUAGUUAAGAAAUUUUAAUUUGUCACUUGUCCCCUUUUCCAGCUACGUUUUCGUGUAUGCAGAUAGAUUCAGCUAUGUCUUCUAGAAAAAUGCUGGAACUGAAGCUGUUACAAAGCAGUGUAUCGUCAGUUACCCUUUUUGAAGAACCAACUAGUGGAGGCUUUUUGGCUAGUUCAAGAGUGCUGAUUGAAGGUUACAUUUUUGCGGUAAGGCCGCGAUUUCUGUGCUUCUCCUGAACGCAAGGCAUGCCAUCGUUCUGUUUUCAAGAGCCUCAAAGAGAUACCACGUCGGCCAUUUUGGAGAUUCACGAGAAGCAAGCGUACAACUUUUUUACCACAUGUCUCAUGGGCGAAGACAAAAAAAGAAAAGUGCGCUUGACACCCUACAUAGUCAUUUGCGUUUAGUCACUGCUUAAUUCAUUUCAUCCGUAAAGUUGGCAUUCCGUCUUCGAACCUACCAAAACGAUGUUGUGGAGUGUCAUUUUAGUGCGUGGGUCUUCACUUCUCUGUCUGCUUUCGCCUAAGCAACCUUCGUGGAAGCAUAUUGCAUAGCAAAAUGUGGCCAUUCUGUUGCAUUACUGUUCGUAUGCCAUGAUACUCUGAUGUAUGGGCCACGCUCAAGUGAACCCUCCUUGCUGUUUCCUCGUAGCAUAUUUGCUGAACGUUUUGACCCGUAUUCGCAGAGAAAAGUUAGCUGCGCUAGAACUGUUCGUAAGACAGGUGCCAGCCAAUCAGGAUGUUAGACAUAUUAGCGUAGGCAGCUGGUGAAUAAAAUAUUUGGGAAUGAGCCUUUGUACACAGCCAGAGGACUUGGAGCUGCUGGUCGGGGCACAACUUUCCAACUCCUUUGGAACCGCCCUGGAGUCUAUAGCCCGUAGUGACAAGUGGGGAAAUUAAAAAAAUAAACGUGACAGAGCUGGCGUCUGCGCUGUGAGAAACGAAAAUUCUGUAGAGUAAGUGUGCAUUAGAUUUGUUCACCCACGGGACCAAAUGACGCUGCUAUUCAGGACUACUGCAGUGGCUUCUGGAAGCAUUGAAUGCGAGCGAGUUCAUAGAGCUGCUCACUGCGGCUCUUGUGUUGUCGUUGUUACCUUUGUGCCCGGUCGCGGUAUUGCGGGUGAUUUGAUUUCCACAUUGAAGCGAUGCUGCUAUACAUUUUCUUCUUGUUGAAGAGGGAACCAGUUCAGUCCGCCCUACGCAUCAUAGUUGUCUUAAAGCCUCUUUCCAUUACAUGCCGGCAUAAAAACACAUGAUGAGCACGCAGUUCGUAAAAAGAUAGCAGAGAGCGCGACAGUUGCCUACUUGAGGAAGUCUGUACGUUCUCAUUCGAAUGGGAAAAGCAAACUUGUCUCUUGUUGGUAAUGACUAAUGGACAUGGUGCCUUGGAGGCAGGCGCAGUGUUGAUCAUUUGCAGCACAUGUGGUUGCCAGCUAAAGGACGAAAUUAUGGCUCUUUGUGGUAUAUUCGCUAUACGAUCUGCAGACCAUCCACUUCUGAAAUGCGUACAACACUUCGCCUUACUUCUGCCACUCGAAAGGUGAAAGUUCUGCCCAGGUUGGCACUUGAGUGCAAUUUUUUAGGGACCAGAAUAUUUUUCUCUGCGUUUAAUGAAUUGCUCCCCGGCUGCCACGAUUUUUCAGUGCUGCUAUAACGUUCACGGGACGUAAAUUCUACAACAGCUGCACCUCGUUAAGCAUGCCAGUGCGCACCAAAUAGGCCUUAGAUUAUUCUACAUUGAUUUGUAGCGCGAAUUUUACAAUAUAACGCCGUCUUGACGGUGGCAGCUGUUGUGGGAGACGCUUUACAGAAUGAGCAUAUCAACCUAAUUAUCUUCGUGCCUUCUUUAGAGGUGUAUGCGCAGCUUUGAAUCGCGGUGCGCGUCCUCCUUUUUAGUCACUCUUUUACGCGACGUGCAAAGUGCAAUUUCUCUGUCAAAAUUACUCCUGCCUUGCAUUAGCGGCGGACUGCGUGCCUUGUCGAGGCGUGUUCGCGUGCUGUAGGACGCAGCUGUUUCUCCGAGCGCAAUUUGCGGCGCUCUUACAAUGGCAGCUGCAGGGAAUCGGUUGCGUGCGCACCAUCGCCCGCCCAUGUGGAACGGCGAAGACGGAAUACACUUUUUACCUUGGCGAGUGCCCACCGGCACUUCCUCAUGUUUCGUGUGUUAAAUGAGGGGAUACUUAGUAGAAAUAAAGUUAUUAGUUUUUCUUUUCAGUCACGAA